AAGAACAUAGUCGGUGUCUUCUUAUCGUUCGUUGUGCAUCGACAAGAACCCGUGUGCAUCUUAUGGAAAGAAAUCAAAUCUAAAUUGCUAUAGUUGGUGUACCCCAGUGUUGUGCCUGUCUGUGUCUACGGAACUGGUUGCAUUGACAGGAAUCGUGACGUAUAAAAAAGGGUUCAAGCAGAAAUUGUGAACACAGGCCGAGUGAAUCGUCACAACUGGAAUUAAUAUGCAUAUCGCGUACUGUGACGUUCGUUUAGUUUUAUUUUACGGUUUUAUAUUAAAUGGUGGAUUCGUAGUAUACGGUCAAUAUUCACAUGCUAUUCAUCAUGUGGACCCCUCGGGGACGUCGGUGUUGGUUGGAAGCUUAGCUACAGAAAUGGACAAAUUGAAAUCUGCGUACGAAAAAUGCAUGGAAGAACUGCUACAACAGGCCGGGGCGAUUCAAAGAUUGCAGGAUCUCGUUGAAAUACAGGCUGGCACGAUAAGCCAUUUGCAAGGGACCGUCAGUCAACAGCAGCGAAGGAUUGAAAAGAUGGAAUGGACUUUGCAACAUGCGACACCAACGAACAGCUUCGUGGAAAAACCCACUUCCGUUGCUCACGGAAAUGUACCGGAAACAGCGGAUAUUUCACUAGAUCAUGACGCAGCAGGAGGUGAUAGCAUCCUUAGAUCUUGCGGUGAGAUUCGAUCGUCCCGCCAAUCACCGCAAAGCGGAAGCUACUGGAUAGAUCCGGACGGACAUGGCGGUGAUGGUCCCGUUCAGGUUUUCUGUAAUAUGUCAAAUGGAGCGACCUUGAUAUCUCACGACACUGAAAACGUUGUAGAAGUCAAAUCCUGUAUAACUCCCGGGUGUUUCAAACGAACUGUGAAUUACCAGAAUGCUACUAUGAAACAGCUGAUUGCCCUGACGAGAAUCUCGGCAACGUGCCAGCAACAAUUCAUUUACGAUUCUUGCACGGAAGAAUCGUUGACCAGGAAGCGGACGUACGGCCCUUCAGCAGUUGCUACGUCGUGGUGGAGGAAUCGAGACGGUGCUUUGCGAUACGAUUGGCCGGUUAAAUCGAUUAACCAAAGCGAGAGCAAUUUCAUCACCAAUCGGCAAGAUCUCCCUGUUACCGAAGUUGAUUUCGGACCUGAAUAUGGUGUCUCUGGAUUAUGUUCCUGCCGGUUCCACAUUGGGAAAUUAAUUUGCCUUGGACGUAGUCAAGACCAUCAUGCGUCGAGUUCCAAAGGUUCACAUGGAGGUGAACACGUAACAUCCCAUCGUGCUGGAUCUAAGGGAGAACCAAUGACAAGCACACGAACACGUAAUCGUGAAAAAUAUAGAACUCCUCAGACUGGCCCGGUUUCCGGAGAUUACGUUCGCCAACCCAGUUCAGGCUGUGUUUUUGACUUGCAGUCGAGUUCGCCACAGUAUCCACCGCAUUUGAUCGACGAGGAUAACAACAUCAUUCAGCCCGUAUUGCAAGGCAAAUCGCGAAUCAUUUCGCUGAACGUCGACGAGCAAGUGACGGUCGGUUGCCUGGGCAUCCGUCACGACAAACCCUCUGCCACCAACGUUCUCCAGGCGACCGGAUUGCAGGUGAACCGGGCAUCUUGCACGGCCAAUUCGACCCUUCGUUUCGAUCGAAUCGAACUGCCUUAUUCUCAGCUGGGGUGCGCUAAUCAAAACAAAGAAAUCCUCAAAGAAGAUGGCGUCUGCGCCAAUGGGCGGGGCGUUCAAAUCCGCAUCGGCUGGAAUUUCGGCUCGGAUUUCAUCCCGUUGUACGAUACGUGUCACGACAAAAUAACGACGACCAACUAUUUUUCCACGCAUACUAUUAUCGGGCGGUCGGUCGAUGCGGAUGAUAAAUCCAAUACGAGGCCUUCCUUCCGCCAAGCUGGAUAUUAUCCAGGUGUGGAUGUGAACGCCGCGUUCGGCCAAGCGCAACAGAACAGGACGAUCGCUCGUGUGGUCGGAUCGGAAGUUCUUGCCGCCAAAUAUUUGAAUCAAAGGAAAAAUUUCUUCUUGGCCAGAGGACAUCUAGCGCCGGACGGAGAUUUCAUUGACGCUGGAAGCCAAGACGCAACAUAUUAUUAUUUAAAUAUGGCGCCCCAAUGGCAAUCGUUCAACGGAGGAAACUGGAACGUAUUAGAAACAACCGUAAGGCAGAUCGCCAUAACGCGGGAUCUUGAUUUGACUGUGUACACGGGGACGUUUGGAAUCAUGACUUUGACCGAUGCGAAGGGAAAGCAACAGCCGCUGUACUUAACUUUCGACAAAAAUAACAACGGCGUCAUCCCCGUGCCCAAGUAUUACUGGAAAUUAAUUCACGAUCCUGCUUCCGGAACUGCGACGGCCGUGUUAGGUAUCAACAAUCCACACCUCGAUCGGAUUGUGCCCGCCGAUAUCUUGUGCCCGGAUGUGUGCAAUCAAAUCCCGUGGAUCAAUUGGAAACUGACCGACAUUUCUAAAGGCUACAUGUUUUGCUGUACGGCCGAAGAGUUGCGUAAGGCGAUCCCUUUCGCUCCCGAUGUUGUUGCUCCAUUGUUUCUAAAAAAAGAAAUGGUGUCUUUACCGUGGUUGAUUCUAAUUGCAUUCGCUUUUCAAACGAAUCUGCUUUUAGUCAAAUCGCUGCCCCAGUUUAAAGCAGGAUGUACGUUUAAUUUGGAUUCAAGUUCACCUUCGAAUCCACCUCAUUUAAUCGAUGCAAAUAACAAUAUCAUUUUGCCGGAGAUGGUUGGCUCGUCGCGAGUCAUCACGCUCAACACGGACGACAAGGUAGCCGUUGGAUGUUUGGGCACCGGCAAUUACAUCCAAACCACUGGAAUGCAAUUGGCUCCGGCCACCUGCCUUUCCACCUCCAAACUGCUUCUGGUGGACGGCCGUGAAUUGUCCUACUCUCAGCUGGGAUGUUUGAAACAGAACAAAGAGAUCCUCCUCGAAAAUGGCACUUGCGCCAAUGGAUUGGGCACGGUCAUCCGCAUCGGAUGGCAAGCCGGGCCUGAAUUUAUUCCUCUUUACGACACGUGUCACGAUAAAGUGGCGGCCGCUAAUUAUUUCUCGACGAGUUUCAUUCACGGCAAGUCGGCGGCCGCCGAUGAUUCGUCCAAUGAACGGCCAUCGUUCAGCCAAGGUGGCUAUUUCCCAGGCAUCGAUGUGAACAACGCCUACAGCCAAAACCAACAAACUCAGACGAUUGCCGGCAUUGUGGGAUCCACUAGUUUGGCCGGACAAUACGUUGUAGCCGGAAGUCAAAUUUUCCUGUCCAGGGGUCACAUGGCACCAGAUGGCGAUUUCAUCGACGCUGCAAGCCAGGACGCGACUUAUUACUUUUUGAAUACAGCGCCACAGUGGCAGAAUUUCAACGGUGCCAAUUGGAACGUAUUAGAGAAUGCUUUGCGAAAUUUGGCAAUCAGCAGGGACGUGAAAUUGACGAUCUACACGGGAACGUUCGACAUUUUGACACUGGCUGAUAUUAACGGAGUCCAACAGAAAAUCUAUUUGGAGUUUGAUGAGAACAACAACGGCCUCAUUCCCGUGCCGAAAUAUUAUUGGAAAUUGAUUCACGAUCCGUCCACGAACACAGCGACGGCCGUGCUGGGUAUCAACAAUCCGCACAUAGAUCAAGUUCUACCCGCCGAUGUCAUCUGCCCCGAUGUGUGCAAUCAAGUGCCGUGGGUAACCUGGGACUUGACCGACAUUUACAAAGGUUACACCUUUUGUUGCACCUCGGCCGAACUGUUUAAAGCCAUUAAUUUCGCUCCGGACUUGGGCGAUCUCCCUCUUUUCGUUUAAAAAAUUCGUUUGAAUUUAAAAUUCAAAUGAAAAACAUUUUUUAAGUGUUUUUUUUUUCUUUCUUUUUCUUCUCUUUAGCAGAGAGUUUUUGUUUUUGUUUUUACCCCUUUACUAUAUUAUAAUCCAUUUCUAAUGGUCAUAAAAAAGUGCUAUUAUUUCAUGGGAAUAACAUAUGGUAGGCCUAAUGUAGCUUAUACUAACCAUACAUGCAAAAUAAAACGCAGUGCAUCAGAAAAAAAAAAGUAAAAAUAUGAAGAGGGUUGUAAGUUUGUAACUAAAUAUACCUGUAUGGUUAUUC